AUGCGUGCCAGCUCUACGACAUCGACCGAUUCGAACGGUUUCCCGGUGAAGGAUGCCGAUGCGCUCAAGCUUUUCGUCGGGCAGAUUCCACGUAACCUGGAAGAAAAAGAUCUACGCCAUUUAUUCGAGCAAUUCGGUAAAAUCUACGAGUUCACCAUCCUUAAGGACAAAUAUACUGGUAUGCACAAGGGUUGCGCUUUUCUAACGUAUUGUCAUCGUGACAGCGCAGUGAAAUGUCAAGCAGCUCUUCACGAUCAGAAGACUUUGCCCGGGGUAAGUCAUGCAGCCGAGGUGGCUUUCUUUGAACCCUUGGAAAUACUUGAAGGAUUUCUUGUUAGGGAACACCAGGCUAUUGCCCCCUUUCUUCCUCUUUGCACAGCCUCAUCACGGCUUACUGAGGCCUGGUAA